GCACCCAAACACACCGCGCACACGACACGAGGGUUGAGACCUGAGAGAAAAAAAAGAGCUCUUGAGAGAGAAAAAGAGGAACUACAGAGAUAGAAAAAGUUACUUGAAAGAUUCCCAUUAGCCAAACACUAUUGAAUUGAACUGAAGUGAGGAGUCGAGGUUCCUAGAGGAGGGGAAUGACGAGUCCUCAACCGGAGCGAGGCGCGAUGACGCCGAUCUAUGCUUCUGGUAGACCCUUGUCCAUAACGCCAGGGUCUAGGGUUAAGACUCCUCUCAGUGACGACGCGAUCUGGAAGCGACUCAAGGACGCGGGCUUUGACGAAGACUCCAUCAAAAACCGGGACAAGGCUGCUCUCAUCGCCUACAUCGCUAAACUUGAGGCCGAGAUCUUUGACCUGCAUCACCACAUGGGGCUUCUUAUCUUGGAGAAAAAUGUUUUGACGUCCAAGAAUGGGCAAAUUAAAACCUCUGUUGAUGCAAUUGAGGUCAUACAUAGGCGUGAUCAGGCCGCCAAUGUAUCUGCUUUAGCUGAAGCUAGGAAACGAGAGGAGAGUUUGAAGAAAGCUCUAGGAAUUGAGAAAGAAUGUAUUGCUAGUAUUGAGAAAGCCUUGCAUGAGAUGCGUGCAGAAUGUGCUGAAACAAAGGUGUUAUCUGACAAUAAAUUAGCUGAAGCCCGAACCAUGGUAGAAGAUGCUCAAAAGAAGUUCAUUGAAGCUGAAGCAAAGAUGCAUAUGACAGAGUCUUUGCAUGCAGAAGCCAACCGGUAUCAUCGUGCUGCUGAAAGAAAAUUGCAAGAGGUUGAAGCACGUGAAGAUGAUCUGACCAGGCGUAUCACUGCUUUCAAAGCUGAUUGUGAUGCAAAAGAGAAGGAUAUGAGGCUUGAGAGACAAUCUUUAAGUGAUAGACAGAAGGUUCUACAACAAGAACAAGAAAGAUUGCUUGAUGGACAAGCGUUGCUGAGUCAGAGGGAGGAUUAUAUUUUCAAUAAAUCUCGGGAACUCAGUCAGCUGGAGAAAGAGUUAGAGGCCUCAAAAGCAAAUAUUGAGGAGCAACGCCGAGCCCUAAAUGAGGAGAAAUCCAAUGUGGAGCUCAGUGUGGCUUCCGUGUCAAAAAGAGAAGAGGUUGUUUUUGAGAGGGAAGUUUUACUGGGGAAGAAAGAGCAGGAUCUACUUAUUUUACAAGAAAAAGUUGCAAGCAAGGAAUCUGAAGAAAUCAAAAACACUGUAGCUGAUCAUGAAUCUGUUUUGAGAACAAUCAAGUCCAAAUUUGAAGCUGAAUUGGAGAGAAAGCGUAAAUUGGUUGAAGAUGAACUUAUGGCCAAGAGAAGGGCUUGGGAGUUGAGGGAGAUUGAUCUAAACCACAGGGAAGACCUGCUUCUGGAAAGAGAACAUGACUUGGUGGUUCAGUCAAAGACAUUAGUAGAAAAAGAGAGGGAUGUUGCAGAAAAGUUAAAUCAUCUACAGGAGAGAGAAAGAAGUUUGAAUGAUUCCCAGAAGGAUGUUGAGCUAAAGAACUUGCUUUUAGAAGGUGAAAAAGAAGAGAUUGUUAAAAUGAAACUCAAUCUUCAGGAGUCAUUGGAUUCUCUGGAAGACAAAAAGAAGCAAGUUGAUUCUGCUAAGGAGAAACUGGAGUUCAAGAAGAGCGAAACAGAUGAGCUGUCAGUUCUGGAGAUGAAACUUAAAGAAGAAGUUGAUGUUGUUAGGGCUCAGAAGUUCGAACUCGUUGCUGAGGCAGACAGAUUAAGAGUAGAGAAGGCAAAGUUUGAAGUUGAGUGGGAGGUAUUAGAUGAAAAAAGGGAAGAGAUAAGGAAGGAAGCAGAACGUCUGGCGGAUGAGAGACAAGCGCUUUCUAAGUUUCUGAAGGAUGAACGUGAUAGCCUGAGACUAGAGAAGAAUUUGAUGCGAAAUCAACAUAAAAAUGAUUUAGAGUUGCUUAAUCGUGAGCAAGAAGAAUUCAUGAAUAAGAUGGCACAGGAGCGUUCUGAAUGUUUUAGCAAACUUCAGCAAGAACAUGCCGAGUUCUUGUUGGGGGUUGAAAUGCAAAAGAGGGAGCUGGAGAGUUGCAUUGAGAAAAGGCGGGAAGAGGUUGAAAGUUACUUAAAGGAAAGGGAGAAAACCCUUGAGCAAGAGAGGGCAAAUGACCUCCAGUAUAUUAACUCUCUUAAGGAAAGUGCUUCAAAAGAGUUGGAGCAUGUUGCUUUUGAACUUAAAAGGCUUGAAGCUGAGAGAACAGAGAUCAAUUUGGAUCGUGAGCGAAGGGAUCAGGAAUGGGCAGAGCUAAAUAAAUCGAUAGAGGAACUUGAGAUUCAGAGGCAGAAACUAAAGGAACAGAGGGAAUCUUUGCAUACAGAGAGAGAUGAAAUUCGUGCUGAGAUAGAGCGCUUGAAGACAUUAGAGAAUUUGAAAGUUGCCUUAGAUUACGAUGCUGUUUCUAAAAUGCAACAAGCAAAUCUGGAGAGCUGGAAGAGACUUUCUGCAAAAAGAUAUUUGAAGCAGCAAAGUAGUUUGAGAGAUGCGAAGUUGGAUCAACAUGAUAUGGUCCUUGUUAGUAGUAACGGUGAUGGACUUAAUUCUCCUGCUAUAGGAAAGCCAAAUGGCGCCUCUACCCCUGGCAUUGCUCAUUUAUCUUGGAUCAGGCGAUGUAAAGAAAUGAUAUUCAAAAGUUCUCCUGAGAAGUCCCCCCCAAAGCAUGAAAAUGGUUCUCCUUUGUCUGACAACGAGGAAGCACACUUGACAUCAGCUGGAAAAUUGGAUUAUUCCAAUGCAUAUGUUGGGAAAAAGUACAAGGGCCAACAUAUUUUCAGCGAGAUGCAGCCGAUUAGAUAUGCUCUUGGUGAGCCAAAAGUGAUUCUUGAGGUGCCCCCUGAAUGUAAAGUAUCAAAAGGAACACACGAUUUUGAAUCUGAAAUUAAGGAAGAUGCUAGUGGGACCCCCACUAGCUCUUCUACUGGACGAGGUCUUCAGGCUGGAAGGAAGCGAAGAGUUAAUAACUUGGCUUCCAAUGAUCACAUUGACCCUCAGCCAGAGCAAGGGCAGAAUAAUAAGAAAAGAAGGCAACAGCAAGAUGAGGCUAUAAAUCCAGCCGGAGAAGCUUUUCUCGACAGAAGAAAUACUGGAGAGGAUCAGAGUGUAAUGGAAUCAUCUAACACUGCUCAAGGAGAUGCUCAAGAGUUGACUGAUCUUGUUGUUGAUAAAAUCAUUAAAGUCUCAGAAGCAACUUGUGAGAAGAAAGACAUUGAAACCAUUCAAGAAACAAUUCAUUACUUGCUGAAUCCCACUGGAGAAUCAGAACAUGGUGGGGGAACAAAUGUCAAUAAAAAUUCUGUAGAUGAUCGGGAUAGUGUGUCACCCUCUGGUCAUGAGGUGCUUGCAACGCUACAAGAAGUGCUUCAGGGAUAUGGAGGACAAGAGCACAGUCAGCCUUUAGAACCUGACGUGGUUGAAAGGAAUGGCCUGAAGGUUAAGGAUGGCAAUGCAGAAUCAGAAGAUUAAGGAUAAGGUGAAUGAGAACACUGGAACACAGACAGGAUCAAAGCAGAAGUCAUAGAGUACUAACUGGUUGUCCAUUUUGAUGUUAUUCAUGACAUGGAGUAUGGAACAGGCAUGCACCGAAAUGUUAUUCUCUCGUUGGGUGGUUCUUCAAGAUAUAUAGCCAGGUUGAUGUGAAGCAGCUAGUUUGUUGGUUUCUGUUUGAACACACUACCUUUGGUAUUAUGAAGUAACCCCCGGUGUACCAGUUUUAGUGUGCACUGAUUUACCUUUGAAUAGCCCAAUUAUGUAAAUGAGUUGGCUGAGAUGAGUAUGUGUAAAAUGUUGUAUAUGAUAUUGCCGUCUAGAAUUUUUCUGAGUCGUUUUUUGAGUGCUUGAUGCUAGUCUUUAUUAGGGAGGUAUAUUGCGACAUGUGUGAAAGGAGUAUUGAUCUGAUAAUGCUUUUGGAACUAAAUGGGUUGUUGGUUGUUGCUUGACAAUAUGACACUGGAAUGUGGUAAUGUUUAUGUUGUUGUUUGGGUUUGUUUUCUAA